AUGGAUGAGGCAGCAGGACUGCUGUUGCAAGAAGAGGGUGGAGGUGGGGACCACGAACCACUCCUCCUUCCACUUCCACAGGACGCUGGCCUUUACACAGGUGAUGGAUCUGUUGAUGUCAAAGGGCGCCCUGCAUUAAAGCGCACUACAGGCAAUUGGAAAGCAUGUUUUUUCAUCCUAGGGAAUGAGUGUUGUGAAAGGUUGGCCUACUACGGAAUUGCGAAAAACCUAGUUACUUAUUUGAAAGUGAAGCUUCAUCUAGGCAACCUCGAGGCUGCAAGACAUGUCACCACUUGGCAAGGGACAUGCUAUCUCACUCCCCUUGUUGGAGCCAUCUUAGCAGAUUCUCAUUGGGGGAAAUACUGGACAAUUGCUGUUUUCUCAUCAGUUUACUUUAUUGGCCUGGCUAUUUUGACGCUGUCAGCAUCAGUCCCAGCAUUGCAGCCACCUUCAUGUUUAAGAACAGUUUGUCCAGAAGCAAGCUUACUUCAGUAUGGCAUAUUUUUUGUUGGUCUCUAUAUGAUAGCCCUAGGGACUGGAGGUAUCAAACCUUGCGUCUCCUCCUUUGGAGCUGAUCAAUUUGAUGACACUGACCCAGCAGAGAGAGCUAAGAAGGGUUCCUUCUUCAAUUGGUUCUACUUCUGUAUAAAUAUUGGUUCAUUCAUAUCAGGCACUAUCAUAGUGUGGAUACAAGAUAACACUGGCUGGGGAAUAGGAUUUGCGAUUCCUACUAUAUUCAUGGCAUUAGCUAUUUCAUUCUUCUUCACAGCUUCAAAUAAGUACAGAUUCCAAAAACCUGGUGGGAGUCCACUCAUAAGAGUGUGUCAGGUAGUUAUAGCAGCAUUUCGUAAGUGGCACAUUGAAGUGCCACAUGAUACAUCUCUCCUUUAUGAAGUUGAUGGCCAAACUUCAGCAAUUGAGGGAAGCCGGAAGCUGGAGCACACAAAUGAGCUCGAGUUCCUUGAUAGAGCUGCCGUUAUCUCACCUGCUGAUCUGAAGAGCGAAUCCUUUACAGACUCAUGGAAGCUUUGCACAGUUACCCAGGUUGAAGAAUUGAAGAUCCUAAUAAGAAUGUUUCCCAUUUGGGCUACUACUAUCAUAUUCAGUGCUGUUUACGCCCAAAACUCUUCCAUGUUCAUAGAGCAGGGCAUGGUUCUUGACAAGCGCAUUGGAUCUUUCAACAUUCCUCCUGCAUCUCUCUCAACUUUUGAUGUAAUCAGCGUCAUCAUAUGGGUUCCACUUUAUGAUCGCAUUCUGGUGCCAAUAGCUAGAAAAUUCACCGGAAGGGAGAAGGGUUUUUCGGAGCUACAGCGGAUGGGAAUUGGAUUAGUCCUGUCAAUUCUUGCGAUGGUAUCUGCAGCUCUUGUUGAGUUGAAGCGUUUAGAGAUUGCCAGGUCGGAAGGUCUUAUUCAUGAGAAGGCUGCUGUUCCAAUGAGCAUUCUUUGGCAAAUACCACAAUAUUUCUUGGUGGGUGCUGCUGAGGUGUUUACUUGUAUAGGCCAAGUUGAGUUCUUUUACGAUCAGGCCCCAGAUGCCAUGAGGAGUUUAUGUAGUGCAUUUGCACUUAUUACAGUCUCACUGGGAAGCUAUAUAAGCUCCAUCAUACUUACGUUGGUGGCGUACAUUACAACUCAGGCAGGAGAUCCUGGAUGGAUCCCUGACAAUCUGAAUGAAGGCCAUCUCGACCGGUUCUUUUGGUUAAUUGCAGGGAUAAGCUUUGUGAAUUUGAUAGUUUACAUGGGUUGUGCUGUGAGAUACAGAUAUAAGAAAGCCUCUUGA